GCCGGCGGCGCAAAAGUUCACGGCGCAGGUCUGAUGUAGCAGAGAGCAUAUUGCUGCAGAGCCGCAAACAAGGAAGGAUUCUCCGGUAGUCCAUAAACCAUUUUUCUGUCGUCAAACGGAUCAAGCUUUUUGUGAGACUUGGAUCGGUCACAAAAAGCGGGAUUCGCUUUUCGCAUAGGAAUUGGCGAGCCGCAGAAGCCAGGAUAUCUGCACUUUGCUUGGUGGUAAAUUAAUAAUAACAUGGAUGAGAUGCGUCAUUCUCAACAAGUCGUGCCCAAUAUGAUGAGUGGAAUUGGGGUUCAAACUAUUCAUCCUAACAGCGUACAUCGUCAUGGCAGGAAUCGUGUGACGAUGCACACUCUUAUGUCCGAGGCAUUACCAUUGGACGAGGCAGCACGUUUAGAAAUGAAGUCCAUGCCUGCUAAAACUCCAGUUUCCGUUUUGCAAGAGCUCCUGUCACGCAGAGGCACCACUCCAAAAUAUGAACUUGUACAAAUAGAGGGUGCCAUACAUGAACCUACCUUCCGUUAUCGCGUCACUGUCUCUGAUGUCGUGGAUCCAAUCAUUUCAGCUAUGGGGACUGGGAGAUCUAAGAAGGAGGCAAAACACGCUGCAGCUAAAGCAGUCCUGGACAAACUGAUUGGGGUAAACACUGAAACAUCAGAGGGUCCACUGCCUAACAGCAUAUCUGAGGGUCAGAAUCUUCAGGAACUGCAAAGUUAUGGGGAAGACAAGGUCAUUGGAAAUCCGAUUGGUUCGUUACAAGAAAUGUGCAUGUCUAAUCACUGGCCUCCACCAAAAUACACCAUGGAAGGCGAGGAAGGGCUACCUCACGAAAGACAAUUCACCAUUGUCUGCUCUAUACUGAAGUACAGACAAGUUGGUAUUGGAAAAAGCAAGAAACUUGCUAAACGACAGGCUGCUGACAAGAUGUGGCGCACGUUGCGGGAUACGCCAAUUGAGAACAAUCAGAGUCCAGGAAUUGACGAUGACGAGAUUGUGCAAAGAAAUGCGAAUAUGAGCGCUCGUUAUGCUGAUUUGAAAGAUAGCAAAAUAUCAACACUGACACCUCCCCACAGCCUCAAGGUUUCCCAAUUCCACAAGAACCUCAAGUCUUCCACAGGCGUUAAACUUUGUCAACUACAGAAUACAUGUUUAAACGAUGGGGAUAUCAAUCUGGUCCAGUUCCUGCAAGAGAUUGCCUCUGAGCAGAUAUUCGAAGUUACCUACGUUGAUAUCGAAGAAAAGUCCAUUAGCGGAAAGUGUCAAUGCUUGGUCCAGCUUUCGACAUUACCGGUUGCGGUAUGUUACGGAUGCGGUGUUACCAGCAAAGAUGCUCAGGCUAGUGCGGCUCAGAAUGCCCUUGAGUAUUUGAAAAUCAUGACUAAGAAGUGAGCCAGCGCUCUGCUCCUGCCAGCCGUCACUAUCGACCGUAUUCUCGAUAGCAAACUACCAAAACGUUCGUCACUAAACGCAAUCGAAAAUAGUAAUGCAGACUUUAAAAAGAAAUUGACAGUUGGUCAAGUUUUAGACAAGAAUAAAAUUGGACACAAGUCAUCGUUGUCAUCCGAUCAUGGAGGUACUAAAAACAAAGUAGUCAGAACGCAAACCACGAAUGAAUACACACCGUUCAAUUCUAUGGCAUCAAAGAGCCAGCAAAUGCUGAAACGAAAUACCAGAACUUCUGAUAAUUUAAACUCAAGUGAUCAAUCGAUGGGAAAAAAUAGCAGAAUGAGUCAAUCAACAUUGAACUCAAAUCAUGGAAAUGUUCGGUCAUUGAAAAAUCAAAUUGACAAUUCUUCCAAAGAUUAUCACGGUGUAAAUAAAUUAUACGGAGAGUUUCAGACAAAGAAUAAGAAUUAUUCCACCCAUACAGACGGGUACAGUAAAGGAAGCACUGCUAAUCAUCAAGAGUACAAGCCAAGGAAUAAUAACAACACUGGCAACGCAAACCUCCCUCAAUCGAGAUAUACAAAUCAAUCAACGACAAGUGUACAAAAACAACAACAAGUAUUGCAAAGAGAUUGCAACAAUUUAACGACUAGUGGUAACAUAUCCUCGCGCAAUGAUACCACGGGUACAGCAACAACAACAACGGCAGUUACGACGGUUCACAACAAGGCAUUGGAGCAGCACAACUUGGUCCCUAAAAUGGGUCAGAUUAAUUUUCCACCACUGCGAGCACCGCAGAGCAUCGUUAACGUCAGGCAUCCUUUUUUGACGGAAGCCAGAAUGAAGCAGCAAAACGCAGAUAUCGGAGCGGGUAAUAUUAACAAGCAAAAAUCCAGCGUCGCAAGUUCGUUGCAGAACAGCGUUAAGGAAUUAGAACAUAGUAGGCAGACUUACCACGGCUACAGUGGCUCGCCGAUCGCUAAUAUACCAAAUGUUCAAAGUUUGGCCAACAUUACCAGCAUCGCUCAGUAUCCAAGGCCAGAUUCUUUUCCUCAGCAGACACUGGCCAGCGUACUUUUUCCAGAAUCAUCACAGUUCCCCCAAUCUCCUCCUUACGCUACGCCGCAGCUUAGUCAAAUCAAUCAAUUCCAAGCUUACGACCCGGCCAGUUUCACACCCACGCCUGUAAACGUCAAUUCAGUCAUACCACAAUUUUCUGCCGAAAGUCCGCUUCCGUAUCCCCAAUUCGAUAGCACUCACCAAUUUGUACAACCCAAUCAUUACCCUACUGCUGAUAUGGCCAAUGGUCAAUAUCAGUAUCAGGCCGCUAGCGUUGGCCAAAUAACGGACUCGCCUUUAUUCAUACAAAGUCUUCAGAGCCCGCUUACUCUCGCCGAUCAGUAUGCGGCUCCGAAUUAUGCGCAAGCUCUUAGAACUGAAUUAAUACCGAGAUUAAGGAGACCACCACGGUUUAACAAGUAGUUCAAAAGAAAAUUUGCCAUAACAACUAUCAUCCUUCUUCUAUCACAACGCUGUUUAAGUUUUUGCGAUUGAUUGGAAGGGGGUAUGUACGAAUUUCUCUCAUAUGUAGAAGUGCUAUUUUUCAAGAGCCGUGACGCCGACACAGAGCAAGCUGUUACAAAGAUAAA